UUGACGAACCCUCUAAAUUUGUUCGGGAACGAAAACAAACAGCAGAAGGUGAUCUUACUUAAUUUUAUUUUACUUUUGAUUUUUCUUUUUCCCCCAUUUCGGAAAGCAAAAGGGGAUCUUUCUUUCUUAAUUUUAAUUUAUAGCAAGAAAUGCGAUGGAGGGCAACAACACAUGUUCGGACCAAGUGAUUGCAGAAAUGACUGAAAUGGGUUUUGAGUAUUCAAAUAUUGUCGAAGCCAUAGAAGAAGCGGGUCUGUUCCUAGUGUUGUGGAGCACAUCCUCAACAACCCCAAAUUGCAAGAACACAACAAGAACCCUCAGAAGACAACCUUUGCGCAUGUUCGGCAGUCCAAGAUAUUUGACCAUUUCCUCUCCAAUAAUGUCCAAGAACACACCGAGGAUUUCCCUGAUCCCAUUCCAUUUGUGCUUUGGGAGCCAUUUCAAGUUCAAGAUUCGGAUGUUGCAUCAGAUUGGGAGCGGAAAGUUAGCAACUUGAUGCAAAAGCAUUUUGUGUGUCUACUUCUCUGGGUUAACUUUCAAUAUUUUCUUCAUGAUUUACGAGUCUAAAUGUCCUGCUCUGAAGGUUUGCAUGGGCGACUUAGUUUGAAGAAGCCAAAGAUAUUGACACCAUCACUUGAAAAUCCUUUGGACAAUAUUGUGCCAAUGACUAAUUCUAUUCCUUCCCCAGCUGCUUCACAAAUGAGUAACAUGUCAAAUCCUAAUAAAUUUAUUAAGAUCAUUAGUGGGCGAGACAGGAGUCGGAAAGCUAAAGCACUGAAGAUUUCUGCUGGACAGCCUGGUUCUGGAAGUCCUUGGUCACUAUUUGAAGAUCAGUUCUUAACAAUCACGUGGUGUAUAUGCGGUGCCGCCUUCAAUUUCGUUGUAGAUGACAAUUUGACUAAAGUUUUCUACGGCUCUUACCAUUCGUGUUGGUGGAGUUUAUGUAAUGCUGAUGAUUUUAUAAUGUUUUAAUUUAAUUGUGUGAUUGUGGUUGUUUAGUUGUUAGCUAUUAUCAGUAGUGUUAUUUAAAAAUUCUGGAGUCAAGCGACUCUAAGAAUUAAGUUGGUCUCUAGGAUAGUAAAAACAUAAAUAAGUUGAAUAAGUUCAAAAAAUGUAUAUCAAGGUUUUUUUAUUUAAGAAGUGAGUUCAUAAUUUCAUGUUUUUGAAAAUUUUAGAGAGAAGUUAGAGAGAAACUCUUUGGAACUCAAAACCUCCUCUUCUUCUGAAAAUCUUCAUUGUCUUCCUAUAGUUGAUCCACUUAACUAGAUAGAAAAUUUGAGUUUCCGAAAUUGGAAUCUCAAGUUGGAAGUCGUACAAAGCUACUUUUCUUGUCUCUUCUUUUCAGAUUUGGGAUCGACAAGAGGUAAGGCAAGUUUUUGUGGAUUGUGUUGGAUUGUAUGCUAAUGAAUUGUUGUUUGGUUGCAUUAUUGGUGUAUAUUUCGGAUUGAAAAUCUAAACUGAGAUGAUGUAUGUGUAGGGUUUGGGUUUUGGUUGUGUUUGAAAGAAGAAGGAGUGAUUCGUAAUUCUAAUGGAUGCAUGUUGCUUUUUAUCGUAAAAUCAUGUUGUGCAUGUUGUAUAGUUGUUGUUUUGUGUAAUACAUGUUGGAAAGUUGCUAAA